CCGCGCCCUGCCCAAGACUACAACUCCCGAGCCCCCGCGCCCAUGUCACGGGGGAAACGUGGGCGGUGUCCCAACUUCGGAGGAUCUGGGCGCGGAGGGCUGUGGCGUUAAGACCGCUCUAAAACCGAGAUGCCUAGAGGUUUGGUUUAACCGGUUCCUGCGGGGGAAGCGCCAGCAAUUGGGGACCUCGGGGCAGCCUGCAUUCCAGCUCUACCUGGGAUUGUCGCCGUGCACAUGGCUGGAGGAGCGUCUCUCCGCCGCUGCGCAUAGUUUGCAGCCUGCACCGGCCAACGCAAAGAAUGGCCGAGUGGAUUCUGAGGACCGGAGGAGCCGCCACUGCCCAUACCUGGACACCAUUAAUAGGAGUGUGCUGGACUUUGACUUUGAGAAACUGUGUUCUAUCUCCCUCUCACACAUCAAUGCUUACGCCUGUCUGGUGUGUGGCAAGUACUUUCAAGGCCGAGGUUUGAAGUCUCACGCCUACAUUCACAGUGUCCAAUUUAGCCACCAUGUUUUCCUCAACCUCCAUACCCUCAAGUUUUACUGCCUUCCAGACAACUAUGAGAUCAUCGAUUCCUCAUUGGAGGAUAUCACGUAUGUGUUGAAGCCCACUUUCACAAAGCAGCAAAUUGCAAACUUGGACAAGCAAGCCAAAUUGUCCCGGGCAUAUGAUGGUACCACUUACCUGCCGGGUAUCGUGGGACUGAAUAACAUAAAGGCUAAUGACUAUGCCAACGCCGUUCUUCAGGCUCUAUCUAAUGUUCCUCCUCUCCGGAACUACUUUCUGGAAGAAGACAAUUAUAAGAACAUUAAGCGUCCUCCAGGGGAUAUCAUGUUCUUGUUGGUCCAGCGUUUUGGAGAGCUGAUGAGAAAGCUUUGGAACCCUCGAAAUUUCAAAGCACAUGUGUCUCCCCAUGAGAUGCUUCAGGCGGUUGUACUUUGCAGUAAGAAGACUUUUCAGAUCACCAAACAAGGAGAUGGAGUCGACUUUCUGUCUUGGUUUCUGAAUGCUCUGCACUCAGCUCUGGGGGGCACAAAGAAGAAGAAGAAGACUAUUGUGACUGAUGUUUUCCAGGGGUCCAUGAGGAUCUUCACUAAAAAGCUUCCCCAUCCUGAUCUGCCAGCAGAAGAAAAAGAGCAGUUGCUCCAUAAUGAUGAGUACCAGGAGACGAUGGUGGAGUCCACUUUUAUGUACCUGACACUUGACCUUCCUACUGCCCCCCUCUACAAGGACGAGAAGGAGCAGCUCAUCAUUCCCCAAGUGCCACUCUUCAACAUCCUGGCCAAAUUCAAUGGCAUCACUGAGAAGGAAUAUAAGACUUACAAGGAGAACUUUCUGAAGCGCUUCCAGCUUACCAAGCUACCUCCAUAUCUAAUCUUUUGUAUCAAGAGAUUCACUAAGAACAACUUCUUUGUUGAGAAGAAUCCAACUAUUGUCAAUUUCCCUAUUACCAAUGUGGAUCUCAGAGAAUACUUGUCUGAAGAAGUACAAGCAGUACACAAGAAUACCACCUAUGACCUCAUUGCCAACAUCGUGCAUGAUGGCAAGCCCUCCGAGGGCUCCUACCGGAUCCAUGUGCUUCAUCAUGGGACAGGCAAAUGGUAUGAAUUACAAGACCUCCAGGUGACUGACAUCCUUCCCCAGAUGAUCACACUGUCAGAGGCUUACAUUCAGAUUUGGAAGAGGCGAGAUAAUGAUGAAACCAACCAGCAGGGGGCUUGAAGGAGGCGUCCAGGGCUUUGCUUCCGAGGGCUGUGGCUGAUGAUGGUAAAUAAGAACACAGAAGCUGUAGCUCUUCAGCUACAGGCUGACUGGGGGCCUCCCUGGGCCAGCCCAGCUUGUAUGGAUUCUGGCUACACCAGAGCACCAGGAGCCCACUUGCCUGGGAUGGCCCCACACUGUCACCCAGCUGUUCUUUGAUCAUUUUUUUCUAGAUUAAUGCUCCUUUCUCCCAUGCAUCGAGCUCCCUUCUAGCUUCAGCAGGGCAGAACCCUUCUCCAGAUGUGUGUAACUUAUGUCUGAGUAUCUGGGAGUAGCUGAAGAACAGAUAAUUUCUUCCAAACAUCAAGCCUUGGGAUUCUUGGAGCAAGCAGAAAGCCAGUAACCUCACUCUUGUCUGUUAGAGGUGGAGGAUUUUCCUAUGGUUUCCUUCAUUUCCUGAUGUGUAUUUUUAGAUGGAUUAAAUAUUCUCCUGUUUUUAAACUA